GGGCGGCUUCUCCCGGGAGGAGGGCGGGGCCUGGGAGGGGUCUUCUCUUGCGAGGAGGGCGGCGCCUGGCGGGGCUUCUCGGAGGAGGGCAGCGCCUGGGGGGGUGCUUCUAGCCGGAGGAGGCGGACCCCAGGCGCGGCGCUCGGAGGAUUGGCGUCUAACAUCGAGUACCACCAGCCUCUCGGGAGGCGGGGCGGGCGGCGCCGAGAAACAGCGGCUGCUGGCUGGAGCCGCGGAAGCGACGCUUAGCGGGCCGCCACCGCCGAGCAGCCCUCCGGUCGUCCCCGCGUCUGUCCGCCUGCGCGUUCUCCGCGAAUCCGCGGCGGGUCCGGCGGCCGAAUGCAGCCCCGCAGCGAGCGCCCGGCUGGCAGAACGCAGAGCCCGGAGCACGGCAGCCCGGGACCCGGGCCGGAGGCGCCGCCGCCGCCACCGCCGCAGCCGCAGCAGACGGCGUGAGUGUGCGUGGGGCGGCCUCGGGACCUGCCCGGCCCCCGCCCUCGCGUCCGCCGCAGAAGAGGCUGGGGCCGCGCCGAGGGCUCGGGGAGGUCGGGACUCGGGUGCUGAGCGGGGUCGCCCCGGCGCGGCAGCUCCACCCGCUCCCCGUGCGCGGAGGACGUGGCUCCCGCUGCGGGCCCUAGAGGGCGGCCUGGGACGCGGGGGAGCCGAGCUCGUAGCGGCGCCCGCCGGGGAGCGGGGUGGAGCGCGGGGCUGUGCUCGCGGCUCUGGCGACGCCCGGGGGAGCAGGGGCGCAGCGCAGGCCUGGACUCGGCGCGGGGCGUACGGGGCGGGGUCCUGGGCUGGGGUCGGGCGAGGGUUGCCGGCGCCCCCGCCGCACCUGGGGCAGUGUCCCCGCGGGCUGCCCAGGUCCGGCCCAGAGGCUCCGGAGGGGCGAAGCCUGAGCCGCCCACCCGCCCCCCGCAGCCCUGAGGCGGAGCGCGCGCGGCCCCGGCCGGCGCGGCCAGCAGCCCCCAUGGAGGGAGCCGUGCAGCUGCUGAGCCGCGAGGGCCACAGCGUGGCCCACAACUCCAAGCGACACUACCACGACGCCUUCGUAGCCAUGAGCCGCAUGCGCCAGCGCGGCCUCCUGUGCGACAUCGUCCUGCACGUGGCCGCCAAGGAGAUCCGCGCGCACAAAGUGGUGCUGGCCUCCUGCAGCCCGUACUUCCACGCCAUGUUCACAAAUGAGAUGAGCGAGAGCCGCCAGACUCAUGUGACGCUGCAUGACAUCGACCCUCAGGCCUUGGACCAGCUGGUGCAGUUUGCGUACACGGCUGAGAUCGUGGUGGGCGAGGGCAACGUGCAGACGCUGCUUCCAGCCGCCAGCCUGCUGCAGCUGAACGGUGUCCGAGACGCCUGCUGCAAGUUCCUGCUGAGUCAGCUGGACCCCUCCAACUGCCUGGGCAUCCGGGGCUUUGCCGAUGCGCACUCCUGCAGUGACCUGCUCAAGGCGGCCCACAGGUACGUGCUGCAGCACUUCGUGGACGUGGCCAAGACCGAGGAGUUCAUGCUGCUGCCCCUGAAACAGGUGCUGGAACUGGUAUCUAGUGACAGCUUGAACGUGCCUUCAGAGGAGGAGGUCUACCGCGCCGUCCUGAGCUGGGUGAAACACGACGUGGACGCCCGCAGGCAGCAUGUCCCACGGCUCAUGAAGUGUGUGCGGCUGCCUCUGCUGAGCCGUGACUUCCUGCUGGGCCACGUGGAUGCCGAGAGCCUGGUGAGGCACCACCCCGACUGCAAGGACCUCCUCAUCGAGGCUCUGAAGUUUCACCUACUGCCGGAGCAGAGGGGCGUCCUGGGCACCAGCCGCACUCGGCCCCGGCGCUGUGAGGGGGCCGGCCCAGUGCUCUUCGCCGUGGGCGGUGGGAGCCUGUUUGCCAUCCACGGAGACUGUGAGGCCUACGACACGCGCACCGACCGCUGGCACAUGGUGGCCUCCAUGUCCACGCGCAGGGCCCGGGUGGGCGUGGCUGCCGUGGGGAACCGGCUGUAUGCUGUGGGCGGCUACGACGGGACCUCAGACCUGGCUACCGUGGAGUCCUACGACCCCGUGACUAACACGUGGCAGCCGGAGGUGUCCAUGGGCACGAGGCGAAGCUGCCUGGGUGUGGCCGCCCUGCAUGGGCUCCUGUACUCGGCUGGCGGCUAUGACGGGGCCUCCUGCCUGAACAGUGCCGAGCGCUACGACCCCCUGACUGGAGCGUGGACAUCCGUUGCUGCCAUGAGCACCCGGAGACGCUAUGUGCGUGUGGCCACGCUCGAUGGGAACCUGUACGCCGUGGGCGGCUACGACAGCUCCUCACAUCUGGCCACUGUGGAGAAGUACGAGCCCCAGGAGCACACACGACCUGGUGGCCAUGGAUGGAUGGCUGUACGCAGUCGGGGGCAACGAUGGCAGCUCCAGCCUCAACUCCAUCGAGAAGUACAACCCGAGGACCAACAAGUGGGUGGCUGCCUCCUGCAUGUUCACCCGGCGCAGCAGCGUGGGCGUCGCGGUGCUGGAGCUGCUCAACUUUCCGCCACCAUCCUCGCCCACGCUCUCCGUGUCCUCCACCAGCCUCUGACCCAGCCACUGCCAGAGUCCCGCAGCCUCCCACAUGCCUUAAGGGGGCCAUGGCCCCCACCAGGGACGCCCUGCACCAUCUGUUCGCAUCUUCCGACCAUUCCUUUUUGUCUGUGUUUAGUUGUUUAUUUAUUUAUUGAGGGCUGAGUGGUGCUGCAGCCGCUCCUUUACACCUUGAGCGUUUAGUCCUCUGUGUCCUCCCACCCACUCGUUGCCCCAGGGCCACCGCCUGCUCAGACCCUGCAGGCCGAGGAGCACGAGGUCCUGGGGCCUUCCAAGCAGCUGCAGACUCAGCUGUUGCACACGGUCCUCACUUGCACAUGGGGGUCCUGGGAAGGAUGGGAGCAGGGUCCUGUCUGCCACGCCACGUGCUGUCUUCCCUGGGUCUUGUAGUGGGUGCACACGUGCACACGGACCCUACACAGCAAUACAAGCCAACUUGAACAAUAAACACAUUUCCUGGGCUCCUCA